AUGGUCAAGGCAGCACCACGAUCAGACGAGCAGCAGCACUACCACGCCACAGUCAUGGGCGGACUCAAGGGCGGCGCGAUGGGGUUGGCGGCGGGUGGAGCGGGUGCGGUUGCGCUGCAGAGGGCGAACGUACAGGCGUUCACGAGGUUGACGCUGCCUCUCAAGGCGUUUGCUGUCACCUCACUCGGAACCGCCGCCUUCAUCAUCAGCGCCGACAAAGCCUCUCGCGAAUUCGAGCUCGCCAAAUACGCCGUCGGGUCCGGCACGGCGCUCGAGCGCUCCUCUCACGAACAACAACGACUCGAGCAAGAGGCCGGAAUCGCGGGUGGGAAACCGAAGCGCAAUGCGCCUGUCAGCACGAAGGAGGCGGUCGUCGAGUGGGCGAAGGAGAAUAGGUGGACCGCCGUCGGGCUGUCGUGGGCUGCGAGUAUGGUCGGAUCCGGAGCGUACAUCGCUGCGACGCCUCUCACGUUUGCGCAGAAGCUCGUCCAGGCCCGUAUGGUCGCGCAAGGAGUUACCGUCGUCGCCCUCCUCGGCUCCGCGGCGCUCACGCAAAUCCCCAACGCGCAAGGCAAGUCCGACGAGGACCUCAAGCGCGAAGAACGCGAGUCGACGAUGUACGCGUGGAAGAAGGAUUCGCCGCAUUACAAGCACGAGUCGAAGCAGGAGUAG